UUGCGGGGGGAGCGGCAGGGGCGGCCGCGCCGGGGGAGGCGGGCGGAGGCGCGGCGCCUCCUCCUCCGGGGCCGGGCCGGGCCGCGCAGGAUGGCGGAGGGCGCGGCGCUGCGGGCCGUCAGGGGCUGCCUGGCCGCCUUUCCGCGGGAGGCCCGCGAGCUGGGGUGGACGGAGUCCGUACCUUAUCUUGAUGGGCCUCCAUCCCCGCUGGAGUUUUAUCGAGAGUGGGUAAGUCCAAAUAAACCUUGUAUCAUUCGGAACGCCAUCAGCCACUGGCCGGCUCUGAAGAAAUGGACCUCAGCGUACCUCAGGGAGGUAGUAGGUUCCAAGGUAGUGAGUGUGGCAGUAACACCAAAUGGUUAUGCAGAUGCAGUGUUUCAGGACCGUUUUGUCAUGCCAGAGGAGCGCCGAAUGCCUUUCAUGGACUUUUUGGACAUUGUGGAGAAGAAAGUGACCUCUCCCAACGUAUUCUAUGUGCAGAAGCAGUGUUCAAACCUCACCGAGGAGUUCCCUGAACUAGUGUGUGAUGUGCAGCCUGACAUAUCAUGGAUGAGUGAGGCACUUGGGAAGAAACCUGAUGCUGUGAAUUUCUGGCUUGGGGAAUCAGCUGCUGUGACAUCUUUGCAUAAAGAUCAUUAUGAGAACUUGUACUGUGUAAUAUCUGGAGAGAAGCAUUUUCUACUGCAUCCACCGAGUGACCGUCCCUUCAUCCCAUAUGAGCUCUAUCAGCCAGCAACCUACCACGUAUCAGAAGAUGGCUCAUUUGAAAUUGUGGAUGAGAAGAGUGCAGAUAAGGUGCCAUGGAUCCCCCUGGACCCACUGAACCCAAAUCUGGAACAGUAUCCACUGUACGCUCAGGCAAAAGCUUUGCGGUGUACAGUGAAAGCUGGUGAGAUGUUAUACCUGCCUUCUCUCUGGUUCCAUCAUGUUCAGCAGUCACAUGGCUGUAUAGCAGGAGAUGUCUGCCAAAAUGAAAACGAGAAGCAGAAUUAAAGCACUGACCAUUGUGUAGUAGUGGUGAAAUUGCCAUCCCUUACACACUCACAGGAAGAGAAAUUCCUAUCCAGAUGUUAAACUUUGCAGUGUAUUUGGUAUUUUUGGUCUAAACAGAAGCAUACAUUUUCUGUUCCUAAAUAUUUUUCCAGCUCCUGCUCCAAGGAAUCCCCAGGGUAGAGUCUGAAGAGGAAGUGGUUUGUGUUAAGACAGAAUUGCAUUGACAGCACUAUUAAAGAGCUCUAAUGUUUGCUUACAUUCUUUUUGGCUGUAGUUAAAGAUUUGCUCCUUUCAAAUUUCAAUCAGUAAUAAGGAAAAGCUGAACUGUGUAAAACAGUGUAUGAACACGUUUGUGAAUCAUUGCAUUCUAGCCUUAGAAAUGUUUUCACUUUUUCUUGUCUCCUCAGUAAAUUAUUGGUAUGACAUGGAAUAUGACCUUAAGUACAGCUAUUAUCAACUACUAGAUUGCCUCACAAAAGCCGUGGAAGUGUCAUAGCAGAAGUGGGAUACUCAAGCUUGUGAUCCCUGUCUCUGAUGUGAUACAAUCAUCAUCAUCUGCAGCUGGAGUACAAACAUGAUUCACGUGAAAAGAACUGAACAUUAAAUUAUCCUCAACAAUACCUGUCAAACAGAUCAUGGCAAUUUUGCUUGAUUUCAGAGUUCAGAUCAAUUGGCCAGGUUUUUUGGCUUGUAAGUAGAAGGUUUGAUAACAACAUUUUUAGACCUUGCCUCAGUGACAGUGAGCAAAACAAAAUUUGAAGAGAGGCAAUCCAGGUUUUGGGAAUCCUGAAACAGAAGUUGUGUUUGUUCAGAUCUACAGAUUGCUUUUAUAGCAAAGCAAGUGGACAAGGAACAACCUGCUCUGCCACCCACUUGUGCAUCGGGCUGCAUCGGUCUAACACGUGUACUCUGCUUAAGGCAAAAGUCCUGUUCAGUUGUAAUUUGCUAAGUUAAGUGGCUGUGGUAUUUUGAUGGUGAGAAAUUACAACUUCUGCAAUAAAAGGUCAGUUUAAAAGCUUA